GACAGGGGAUAUAGCGCCCCGGACAAAGAUUCGUCAUUCAAGACAUCACUAAGCCCACGUCGUACAAAGGCCCCUGGACCCCAACUUACUUGUCGCAAUGCUAUUUACCAGGAAAGCAGCGAUCGUCUGGUUAUUCCUCGCCUUUGAACGAGCUCUGACUGCGCAGACACCUCUGUCGAGUCAUGCAGCUUCAGGCUUCUACCCGCAUGAUCUUGGACAGUGGGAUCUUCAUGAAGCCCCUGCAGUGAACGCGACGGGCCAUCUGGUAUUCGAAACAGUCAAUUCCCUGCUUCAGCAUUGGGCAAAUACGCGUCAUCGUAUUGGUAUGUCUCAACCUAUAGCAGAACACUGGGCGGCUGUACUACAACUUGUGACUCAUUAUCUGUGUCCUGUAGGUCACACAAUAAUUCCAGGGACUGUUCCCGUAGGCACCCUCCUCUACCAUGGAUCCAAAAUCGGUCCUCAUAUACCGACUGCUCUCAACUGGGUCGCGACGGAGCCAGACCACUCCAUGAUUUUCUGCUAUGGGGAUGUCAAAACCGGGUGCUGGCACACCACCUUUAAAGUCACUCGAUCAAUGAAAGUGCUCUAUUUUGAUGGAAGCAGCGCUGCGAAAAUUCCAGAGGGCACCAUGGACACCCAAGAUCUCGUAGCAUGGUCGGAAAUGAAACCCGAGUGGCUGGAGAAUGAGCAGCUACGCAUCAAGGAUCUGUGUAAGUGGGGUCAGAAAUACGGUGUGAAUGGCUUCGUGAGGAUGGAGAUGAAUUUUGAAAUCAUGGUCUGCGACUUCACCUCUCACAUGGAAAUCGUUUCGUUCUUAAAUCUCGAGACCCUCCGCGUCGCGGAUGGCCCUGUGAUAGAUCUACCAGAUGACACAGAUACCCUGCAUGCUGCUUUUGAAGUCAUGCAUUCUGCUUCAUGGCACGAACUUCAUCCAGGGGACACCCGGGUUAUACUUGACUAUUCUGCAUUCGUCUCUUUCUAUGACACCACUCUUGUUCCCUCCCUCGUGCCACGCCGUGUUGGCUUGGAGCGGUGGGAUCAUCGAGUGGCAGGAAUAUCAUCGGAGGAUAUCGAGCGUGUCAAAGACAAGCUAGCUGAAGCAUUAGUACGACCACCAGCGACAGCCAGCGGCAUCGACUGGAAGACAGUCUUGCAGGUGGUGGUUGACCGAUAUGCAAGCCGCCUGGAGGUGAUGCAGUAUCUGCUGAACAUAACGUUGGAUGACACAUCGAUCCUAAUUGACCACGCGCGAAAAGUUCAGAGACAGCUGCGCACUGUGCUUACGCCGUACACUAUUCUUGCAGCUCUGCCAUCCAACACCUCCGUCGCUACCAACGCGACAAAUUCGUGGGCUGCGCCAGUUUUUCGUGAAUGUGCUACAUCGCACAUGGCCAUAGCAGCUCGUGGGGCGACAUUGAUGCCUUCUGAGCAUCUGCUUCUGCAGGCCGUGCAAGAAACUACGCGCGAAAUAUGCCGUGUCACUACGAAGAUGUGGGCCUCCGGUCUGAUUGCUGGCGUUGACCCCUUUUAUCCGUCGGACCAACGCCCUGAAGCUGAUCGCAUACGUACUCUCAUGGGGGAAUGGAAGGAGGACAUGACGAAGUUGAUUUCCUGGUUAGAUUGGAGUGUGUGGGUGAAGUGUAAGCCGGCUUGUGGCGUCGAGGAGAUGUGCUACUUGCCUACUUGGCCAUUGGGGUUUUUCCCGGCGUCUCUCGAGGUGGUCGAUGAGCAGCGUGGUGCACCGUUUCUAGCUUGGAACGAUGCUUUGCUAAUGGCCUGACCCCAACAAAGGGGAGUGGAAGAGACCACAGCCCAAGUGCAUCAGACGGCUGGAGCCAUAUGGUUUCUAGGGACACACCUUUUUGGUAGCCGUACUAGUGUACCUGAUUCUGAAAUACCAGAACACCUUUCAAGUUACUCUACCAGCAAAUUCACUUCUAUGAACAAGGACCCCUUGGCAACCGAGUUGAAUUUUCUGGUAGAGCAAAACGAUGCGCCCUCUCAACGUCUGCCUCAUCGGUGUCGAGCAGUCAUUUUAUCUCUCCAUUCUGUCUGAGAGCGAUACAAAAUGAGUCUGCUAUAUCUAUUCACUUCUUUCACGCCUACAGGACAUCGAACAGUUCUGUUAGAUCCGAGU